GCCCUUCUUGGCCUACAAAGCCCUAAAGCAGUCAAACAAACGCGGGAUCGCUGCUGCCCCAAGAAGAAUGGCGUCCUCCGCAGCGGUGGCGGGAAAUCUUGCCGCUGCGUUCGGCAGCAGCAGCAGCAGCAGCCAGGUAGUGCUUAGGAACGACGAUCGAUGCGCGAUAGCAUUCUUUGCUCGGCCCGGCAGAUUGAGGGGGCUCGAUUCUCUUAGAGUAGCCACUAGGACUAGAGCCACCACGGGUUGCAACGCUGGGAACCUGGUGUUUGACGCGGUGGAAAGCGCAUCCUGUUCGACUCCCAUUGACAGGAGUAGCUUCUGGUUGCAGCCUUUGUCCCUGUCACAGCCAUGCUCGGACAUGAGGACGUUAGACAAGUGGGUGCAAGAUCACAUAGUCGAGAUAGUGAAGAACAUUCGGGAGGCACCAUUCCUCCAGUACAUAUUCGAUUCGAAGGGCAUUAGGACGCAGAGGCGCAGGGUGCCUCCGAGUGCCUUGGAGCAUACCCCGUCCGAGUGCUGGAACUACGUGAGGGAGUCUGUAACGACUGCGUCUCCGGAUGGUUUAAUCCUCGUCCGGAAGCUUGACGAGCAAACAUCCAGACUGGUUCGCGACGCACGAUCGCUGUCUGCUGCUGGCCAAUGCCCCAUGCAAGAUAGCCUCUGCCUCCGGAGAUCGCUCGACUUGACCCGGACGUGUGGACGUGACAAGGCCGCCGGCAACACCCAGUCAACAAAGGACGGCGGCGAUGGCGAUGGCGAUGGCAGCAGCGUAGAUGUGUGGGGGGUUUUGGUACAGGGAAAAGGCGACGCAGGCAGUUCGUGCUACAUACUGGAGACAACUCGCGCUGUCGUCCCCGGCGGGACGUCGUGCACCAGAUUUUGUCUCACAAGGGCGCAGUGCUUUGGACCGUCCCUCCAGGCGCAAAUGGUAUUGAUGUGGCUGCAAAAAUGAUACGUCGCCUGUCUAUAGCCAGCCCAGCCCCCCCCCCUCUGAAACAAAGCUACCCAGGAAACUGGGUGUUUGUCACAAUGCCAUUGAUUCGCGUAAGUUACGCUUAACGAAUGUGAUGAGGGCACAUGGGAGCAUAUGACUUUUAGCUGCAUGGCCCAUGUUCCUGCU